UAUUAUAAAGGUCUGGACGAGUGAGGGGGACUUUUUCUGGGUUGAAGAUUUACUGUUCAUGUCCAUGUGCAGCAUGAGAGAGCUGGUGAUAUUAGCAGCGUUGGUCUCGGCUCUGCACGCAGCCAGCCUCCCGACAGGCACUGAUGUGCAAUAUAAGUGCCACGCAGAUCAGGACAAGAUUGCUACAUUAGAAGCUGAGAGCUUCAUUAAUGAACACCACCGCCAUGGAUACAAAUUCAAAUUUGUUUCACAGGACAGUCGCAGUGCAGAGAAGAAGUCUGAUCCUUGUGAGGUCAUUUUGGGAAUAACUCUAGAGGAAACUGAGUGCCACAUCGUGAAUCCCAAACCUUUAGAUGAGUGUAAGACUAGAACAGAAACACAGACGAAAGUGACAGCUAAAUGUAAUGUGACCGUCUCCAGUUUUGAGGGGAAAGCAGCUGUGAAGGACUACACCUGUGACACCGAACCAGCUUCACAUGAAAUACUUGUGACAAAAUGCCCUGACUGCCCCAGUCUGCUGCCCCUGCAUGACCCGAAGGGUCUGGAGAGUGUGAAAACUGCCCUGCAGAAAUUCAACAAAGGAUCUAACCACAAGUCUUACUUUAAAGUGAUGGAAGUGGGGAGGAUCAGCACACAGUGGAUGUUUUCGGGUCAGAGCUUCUUUUCUCAGUUUGCAAUUAUGGAGACAAACUGUACAAACAAGGAGGUACCCCAGAAUGAAGAAUCAUGCAAGGCUUUAUGUGGGGAGAAGGCUCGGUAUGGCUUCUGUAAGUCCACCAAGGUCGGAAUUGAGGAACCAGAAGUGGAAUGUGAGAUUUAUGAAGCUAAGAACAUAUCUCAUCCAUGGAAACACCCUGCUCAGUCAAGAAGAGACUGUAAAGGGUCAUGGACAGGACAUGGUCCCCCUCAUCGCCCAGGACAUGGCCCCCCUCAUCGCCCAGGACAUGAGGGCCAUGACCACAAGGACAAAACACCAGAGCAAAGGGGGCGUCCAGAACACGCAGGCCGUGACCCCAAGGACAAAACACCAGACCAAAGAGGCCAUCCAGAACAUGUAGGCCGUGACCCCAAGGACAAAACACCAGAUCAAAGAGGCCAUCCAGAACAUGUAGGCCGUGACCCCAAGGACAAAACACCAGAUCGAAGAGGGCAUCCAGAACAUGCUGGCCAUGACCCCAAGGACAAAAAACAUGAUCACAAGGGCCAUCCAGAGCAUCCACAGCUCUGUUCAAGACGCCCUUCAGGAGUUCCAGAAUCAGCGCAUGAGUUCCCAUGCCAUGGCUUUGUAAAAAUACCCCCCUCUAUUUAUCCAAUCUGCCCCUUCCCUCCACCACGUCUCUGCAGAGGCCCUCCAGACUUGAUACAUCCCCCUUCAGCUCGUCCUCCUCUUCCUCAGUAAUUAACCCUAAAAUCUAUGGAGGAACAUUCAGAUUUCAUUCCAUUCUGCAGGGUUUGAAAGAGUAAACAGUCAAAACUGAACAACACAAGAGUGAUAAUGUCUCCAGAAUGUUCAGUCCAAUAAAUAUCCUCUACUGA